GGUCGCCUGCCUCCCCAUUGACACACAUUGCUUCCUGCUCACGCGAAGGAAAUCAAUAGUAGAAAAGUGUAAAGUUUUAAAACCUACAUCUGUUGCACCGAUGCAACUAACGUCACCGAACUGAAAAUGAGACAGUGUACGCGCAGCGCAUUGCUCGCGCUGGUGUUUGUUGCAUUGUUGCAAUCGGUCUGCAGCGACUUCCAGACUCUCGCGCAUCUGAGAGCGAAGGCGAGCGAUAAAACCCAGUCCAGAGCUGUGGUGGACCUGCUCAGGAGACUGCUGGGCAACAGAUCUCGGGAUUUCAUCGUGUCAGUCAACAGAACUCUGUCUAAUGACACUUUAGACGUGUGUGAGCUGCGAUCCGCGAAAAACAACAAGAUCAUAGCUGUGGGCAGCACGGGGGUCGCGGUGGCCACCGGGAUAUACAACUAUCUGAAAUACUUCUGUAACUGUCAUGUGUCCUGGUCUGGAGAUCAGUUAAAUCUCCCCCGACCUCUGCCUCCUCUCACCGGCGUCCUGCGCAUCAAAACACCGCACAGGUUCAGGUACUAUCAGAACGUGUGUACCCAGAGUUACUCCUCCGUGUGGUGGGAUUGGCCGAGGUGGCAAAGGGAGAUUGAUUGGAUGGCACUGAACGGCAUAAAUCUUCCUCUGGCAUUCACUGGACAGGAGGUGCUAUGGCAAGAGGUUUAUCGGUCUCUCGGUUUGAACCAGACUGAGAUGGAUCGCUUCUUCACAGGUCCAGCUUUCCUAGCGUGGAACCGCAUGGGAAACCUGUUUCAGUGGGGAGGACCACUUCCUCAGUCUUGGCAUGUCAAACAGCUCUACCUGCAGUUUAAAAUAUUGGACCGUAUGAGAUCUUUUGGGAUGAUACCUGUAUUGCCUGCUUUUUCAGGAAUAGUACCUGAAGGUAUUACCAGGUUGUUUCCCCAAGCAAACGUGACCAAGCUGAGCCCCUGGAGCCAUUUUAACUGCACCUACUCCUGCGCCUACGUCCUGGACCCACGCGACCCGCUCUUCCAGCGAAUAGGAACGCUCUUUUUGACCCAGGUCAUUAAGGAGUUUGGAACAGACCACAUUUACAACACAGACACCUUUAAUGAGAUGAUCCCAGCCUCCUCAGACCCCACUUACCUGGCAUCUAUAAGCCGUGCCGUUUUCAGUACUAUGACUUCAGCGGACCCUCAAGCGAUUUGGCUGAUGCAGGGCUGGCUAUUUAUCAGUGACCCUUCGUUCUGGAAACCAGACCAGGUCAAGGCAUUGUUACACGGCGUCCCCCUGGGGCGCAUGAUUGUCCUGGAUCUCUUUGCUGAAUCCAUGCCUGUCUACUCUUCCACAAACUCCUUCUACGGCCAGCCGUUUAUCUGGUGCAUGCUUCACAAUUUUGGAGGGAAUAGCGGUCUGUUUGGAACGGUGGAGAGCAUUAACUCCGGCCCCUUCAAUGCCAUCCGCUUCCCGAAUUCGACCCUAGUGGGUUUGGGUUUGACCCCUGAAGGCAUCGAGCAGAACCCAGUUGUUUACGAGCUCAUGACUGAGCUGGCCUGGCGCAAAGAACCUGUCAACCUUUCCAAAUGGGUAUCGCUGUACGCCUUGCGGCGCUAUGGUACCAUGGAUGAGAACCUGACAGUGGCCUGGCAACUCUUGUUUCACAGCGUCUACAACUGCACUCUUCCGAAAUACAAGAACCACAACCGGAGUCCUUUGGUACAUCGGCCGUCCCUGCACAUGCAAACAGACAUUUGGUAUAAACCGGCCGACUUCUACAAGGCAUGGAAGCUUCUGUUCGAGGCAUCGCCAGGGUUAGUCACUCUGGAAACCUUCCGGUAUGAUCUUGCGGACGUGACGCGACAAGCUCUUCAGCUUCUUACAACUGAAUUCUACAAGGAAAUACGCAAUGCUUUCCAGGCCCAAAAGCUUCCUGACCUCCUGACUGCUGGUGGUGUGCUUGUCUACGAUCUCUUACCUGAACUGGACCGUCUCCUUUCCAGCAACGAACACUUCCUUUUGGGGGCGUGGCUUGAUCAGGCUCAGUCUCAGGGUGUGGACGAGCACGAGGCGCAGCUGUAUGAUAUCAAUGCACGAAAUCAGAUCACCCUAUGGGGACCCGAUGGGGAAAUCCUGGACUACGCCAGCAAGGAGUGGGGUGGUCUAGUGGAAGACUAUUAUUUACAGCGCUGGGGCUUGUUUGUUAAUACGCUAGUGGAGUGUCUGGACAGAGGAAGACCCUUCAAACAGGACGUGUUCAACCAGGCCGUGUUCCAGGUUGAGAAAGGGUUCGUCUACAACCAGAGGAAAUAUCCGUCCAAACCACUGGGCAACACAUAUGACAUUGCACGACGGAUCUUCCUCAAAUACUACCCAUAUGCGCUGAAAAGCCUAAAAUGAAGAGAACUUGAUGAGUUUGAUCCUCAGAAAUCCACCAUAAAACAUUUAGGUAUCAAACUGAUAUGGUGGCCAACAAUGGUCAAAACACCAGCUUGGAUUUUAUUUAUCUUUUUACUUUUCUUUUAAAACGAUGCCUAAACUUUUAUGAGAGACUAAUAUGACAUUCUAAUCUUGUAGAAAUCCUGAUUGCUUUUUAUAUCAGAUACUGAGGUUUAUUGCAUAUGAAUGUGUAUUUUGCAAAAGCAAUGUCAGCAGCACCGCUACCAUUUUAAGUGUUGAUUUUUUAGGCCUGAAACAAAUGAUGUCCGAGUUUGCGAUCUAGUAAACUCAGUUUUGCACAACCUUCUUAAUGCAAUGCAAGUACACUUUGCAUUCUCAGUGAGCAUUAGCAAUGGCUUGCUGUGAAAAUUAGUUAUUUCUAUCGCCCCCUUGAGUACUGUUGUCAAUAUUCUUGCAAUGAGUUGGACAAGGAUUUGUAUCUGUAUUUGCUGUUGUUUCUGUUCUCAGUCUUAGCACAAAAAUUGUGUGCAUUUGUUUCAGGUUUCUGAUGACAUUUCAGGUUUUUUAUAUAUGUCAAAUAUACUGUAUAUACUUAAUCUAUUUUGCCAUCCCUAAAUAUUGUGUGAAAUGGGGAAAAAAUGUUAUAGACAAUACAUGGUUAUAGGCAUUGUAAAUUCGCUGCUUUGUUAAAUUAAAUUAAAAUAAACUGGGUCAUUCCUCCCGUCUGCAUCCCGUCUGCCAGACAAAAUACUGCUACAGAAGUUGGCUGACAUUAUAAAAUGGAUGCACAAAUAUCUUUGAAAUGAGCCUGUGAAACUUUGAAAGUUUAUUACUAUCUUCAGAUUGAGUUUAAUUGUUUAAGGAGAUAGUUAUGGACAUUGUUUAGAUUUUCUACAAUUAUUUGUUGUUACCCUGCACAGACAGAUAGUCACUAAGACCUUGUACAUUAGAAAUUUCUGAAUUGAAAAGUUAUUUUUGUAUUUUUGUCAAAUAAAAUCUGUACUUUUAAUACUU